GAGAAAUUAAAACGAACGUGGCGAUGAUGAACGAAGAGAGUUGUCUCUCUCCUCUGGCCUUCCAGAUUUCAAUGCUUUCAAUAUUUUUUUUCACACUUCCUUCCCAUCUUGUGGAGCACAGCAACACAACACAAAGAGGUUGACACAGACGCUUAGAGCGAGAACCUGAUAAUUUUUUAGAGAGAGAGGGGAAAAAGCCAAAAUCUCUCUUUCAGAGCCAGAGGAAAAUGGGGUUGAUCUCGGGGAUAUUGUUGGGAAUGAUAUUCGGGAUCGCGUUGAUGGCAGGAUGGAGGCAUAUGAUGAGGUACCGAAGCACCAAGAGAGUUGCCAAGGCAGUUGAUAUAAAACUACUUGGCUCCCUCAGUAGAGAAGAUCUGAAGAAAAUAUGCGGCGAUAACUUUCCUGAAUGGAUAUCUUUCCCUGCCUUUGAACAGGUGAAAUGGCUGAACAAACUACUUAGCAAAUUGUGGCCUUUCGUUGCCGAUGCAGCAACGCUUAUCAUAAGAGAAUCGGUUGAACCACUGUUGGAAGAAUAUCGUCCUCCUGGAAUUACUUCAUUAAAGUUCAGCAAAUUAUCACUUGGAAAUGUGCCACCCAAGAUUGAAGGAAUUCGUGUUCAAAGUCUAAACAAGGGACAGGUAAUUAUGGAUAUUGAUUUUCGAUGGGGUGGUGAUCCGAGCAUCAUUUUAGGCGUUGAAGCUGCACUCGUUGCUUCAAUUCCCAUUCAGUUAAAGGAUCUUCAAGUGUUCACUGUUAUCCGUGUUAUCUUCCAACUUGCUGAAGAAAUACCUUGUAUCUCUGCCGUUGUUGUUGCACUUCUUUCUGAGCCAAAGCCUAGAAUUGACUAUACGCUGAAGGCUGUUGGUGGAAGCUUAACGGCAAUUCCUGGAAUUUCAGAUAUGAUUGAUGACACUGUGGAAUCAAUUGUCACAGAUAUGCUCCAGUGGCCCCACAGGAUUGUUGUUCCAAUUGGUGGUACACCCGUCGAUCUUAGUGAAUUGGAACAUAAACCACAGGGCAAGCUUACUGUGACAGUGGUGAAGGCGAAUGAUCUAAAGAACAUGGAAAUGAUUGGGAAAUCUGAUCCUUAUGUGGUUUUGUUCAUUCGGCCUCUAUACAAAGUCAAGACACGUGUGGUAGAGAACAACCUGAACCCUGUUUGGAAUCAAUCUUUUGAGUUGAUUGCCGAAGACAAGGAGACACAGUCGCUUACGUUGGAGGUAUUCGAUAAAGACAUCGGACAAGAUAAAAGGUUAGGAAUAGCGAAGUUACCUUUAAUCAACUUGGAAGAAGAGGUUGAGAAAGAGGUUGAUUUGAGGCUGCUACCAUCACUUGAUAUGAUGAAAAUAAAAGACAAGAAGGAUAGAGGAACUGUGACAGUUAAGGUCUUCUACCAUCAUUUUAACAAGGAGGAGCAGUUGGCUGCUCUAGAAGAAGAGAAGAGGAUCCUAGAAGAAAGAAAGAAACUGAAAGAAGCAGGAGUCAUAGGGAGCACAAUGGAUGCACUUGAUGGAGCUGCAUCACUGGUUGGGUCUGGUGUUGGGAUGGUGGGAAGCGGUGUUGGUGCUGGCCUUGGCGUUGUUGGCAGUGGCCUAACUAAAGCGGGAAGAUUCAUGGGCAGGACCAUUACUGGGCAAUCUAGCAAGAGAAGUGGCUCCACAACUCCAGUCAAUAGUGUGCAAGAAAAUGGUGGGCCAAAGCCACUGUAAAUUAGCUCCUCCUGAAAAGUAUGUGAAUUUGGCCUUUGGGUUGUGCAGUAUGUUGGCCUUUAGCACGGAUGAUCCUCCCCUUUCGAUCCUUUAGCACGGAUGAUCCUGCUUUCGAUAAUAGAGGCAGGAUGGGCUUCGGACACAGAUCAAAAAGAGAAGUAGAGCGUUCUUAGUAAAGGCUGGGCCGAGUCUUUUCCUAGCUCGCAACACUCCUACUAUAUGUGAAUUUCAAUAAGGAUUGAAAUAGAAUUCAUGCCCUUUCGCCUAUAGAUAUGAAUUGCAUAUUGAGUGAAGAAAGAUAUUCAAUCAAGCAAGACAUCUUUUUUUUUCUUCAAUAAGAGUUAAACGCACGGCUAC